AUAUUUGAUACUCAAAAAAAUACUUUUAGAAAUAAAAGAGACGUAUUGAGAAAUUUUACAUCAGGAUGGACUGAUCAUAACAUAUUUUUUAAAGCAAUUGACCCAAUUAAGCUCACUAAUGAGACAAAAGAAGUGUUCAAACUUUUAAGUAAAAAAUUAUGUUUUCGCUUUGCAGAAUUUCCAAAUAAUAACAAUCCACCUAAAAAAAAAGGUUUUUGUUUAAAAUAUAGCAACGAUGAAUAUGGAACUCAUCUUGGUAAACAACUUGACACAGAAGAAUGUCAAUUUAUUUAUUUAAGAGAUACAAAUGUUAAUACAACUGAGUUAUUGAGAUGGGUAUUAUAUGGUCUUGGUUUUGAUUUUGAGCAUAACAGAGCAGAUAGAAGAAACUAUCAUGUUAUCCACAGAGAUAAUAUAGAACCAAAGUUUUUGCCAUAUGUAAAAAAAAAAAAAAACAACCUUGAAAGUUUUUAUUUUAAUCAUUAUUUGCAAUCAGCAUGUUGUAAGACUCCAAUUUAUUGCCGAAAUGGUGGAACUCCAAGUUGUGAUAUGUGUAAUAAAUGUUUUUGUGACGAAGGAUAUCAUGGAAGCUAUUGUGAAGCAAUUGUAGAAGAAGAUAAAACAAUCUGUCCUUUGACAAGUGUGGAAUUAAAAAAACCAGAUGGAUUUAACAUGAAAUUAAUUAACGUGUGUCAAUAUAGUAUCACAUAA